UGGAGGACCUGUGGUUGUGCUGGUGCAGCUGGAGCGAGAGGAGGAAGUAACCGGGCCCGUGAUUGCCCCACUGUUCCCACAGAAACGCGAGGAAGGCUGGUGGGUGGUGAUUGGCGACUCUAAAUCCAACAGCCUCAUUUCCAUCAAGCGACUGACGCUGCAGCAGAAGGCCAAGGUGAAGCUGGAUUUUGUGGCUCCAACCACCGGGACACACAACUACACGCUCUACUUCAUGAGCGAUGCCUACAUGGGCUGUGACCAAGAGUACAAGUUCAGUGUGGACGUAAAAGAGGCAGAGAGUGACAGCGACUCCGACUGAGUGACAGGCUGAACAUCCUUGGUGAUAGGACCUUCAUCAAGUCAUUGUGGACUUUCUUGGAGCAGAUAACCACCAUAGGUGGUUGGAAAGCGCGUUUUGUAGAUGUUCUCAGUUUCUGAUUCCCUACAUUGUCUAAGCCCCAGUCGGCAGGUGUAGAAAGGGACUUCCACCUUUUGUGUUCCUGCCAGCAUCUUCAGCUUUUUCCUGUUUUAUUUUUUAAACUCAGCAAAACAAGCAGUAGUUUUGAUGUACAAUGUUUGGAGUAAACGAGCAGACUUGAUUGUUUGGAGAUCCUGCUAAUUUUCCAAAAUAAAACUUCCAGGAAUUAACA